AUGGAUCAGCAGACGUCGACGUCAACGGUAACAGUCGAGUACUUCGAUCCCCACGAUGUGUUCAAGCUCCUCGCCCCGGGGCUCGUCCCGCGGCUGCCCCUUCACAACCUCAACUGGCAGUCUCACUCCGGGCCGCUGAGGUCCAUCGACACGCUGCAUGUCGAGCUGAUUCGCGGCAGUCUCGAGGUGCCCGAGACCACCCUGUCGCCGGCAGGACGGCGCUCGGGCAGCGUGUCGCGGGGGUCCGACGGCUUGCGGUCUCGCAGUGUUAGUGUCUCUACGGAAUCCGGACGGGCGCCGCCCUCGCUUCGAUCCAAGGCCAGUGGGAAUCUGCGGCGGCACCAGAUCCCGGGACUGCGCCGCACGCCGUAUCUCAAGAUGCUGCUGGUCCGGUGCGAUGAUAACGACUCCUACAAGAACUCGGUGCGAGCCGAGGUCCGCGAGUGGGUCAAGGUGCACACGUCGCCCGUGAGCACCUCGAAGAAAGGGAGUGGCCAGGAGAAUCACGAUGCCUUCGAAUGGCUCAUUGUACAUGUUGUCAUACCCAACACGGUGGCUUCGACUCAGCCGCGAAGCAGCGGGAGAUCAGACUCGGCGGAGAAGAGCACGGCAUCACGAUGGCGCCCCGGGACGACCCCUUUACUGGAGAAGUUCCGAUCAGACUUCAACGCCACAACCAAGGGAUCUCAGGACCAUGUCGCGCAGAUCAGGAUCGGGAUCAACGAUGUGCCGUACGACCUUUUGCCCCGAGUGGUCCCAGCGGUGCCCACCGGCUACACGGAAACGGAACUAGACGCCGAGAACGCCUGGAAUGAUUUGAUCGCGAAAAUGAAGAGCCUCAUUCUGGCCUCGUUUGACAUGCGAGUGACCCAGUACGAGGAAGACAUUCGGGAAAAGGACGCGCAGCGGACUCUGCCCGGUUGGAACUUUUGCACCUUUUUCAUUCUCAAAGAAGGACUGGCGAGGGGGUUUGAGAGCGUUGGGCUUGUGGAGGAUGCGUUGGUUGGGUAUGACGAGCUCAGCGUUGGACUGGAUACGAUAUUGCACGAGCAACUCGAAUCGGGCGCGCCAGAGAGGCAUGGUGGUGAAAUGCUCGCUUUCACGGAAGGACUCAGAGACAUGGCCGAGAAAGCACUGGAAAUCGCAGCUGAAUACAGCAGUGACGGCGGCAGUGAUGCCGAGUCGAAGACGAUAAAAAGCAAGGGACCAAACUUUGACCAAAUCGCCAUCAGCUCGACAGCAAAGGCCUACCGAGACAUGAUCCUGGCAAACAAGGUGUCCGUCUUCGACUUUCGAUGCUACAUCUUCUCCCGCCAGAUCGCAUUGCUGCUGAGGCUGGGCCAUGCGCUUUCUUCCAAAGAAGAGCUCAUAGCCAUGCUCAAAAGCCAGCAAGAGUCCAUCCUCUACGGCGAAGCACCCCUGGCGCCGCCGCCACCGAAUCACAAGGACGAGCCGGAGAAUCUCACCACGUUUGCAGAGAUAUGCCAGCGAACACUGCAGUUCAUCCCAUCAGUCUCGCAGAUACUGCGGCGGGACGUGAUUCUGGGUUUAACAGCGAGCAGAACACCGAGCAGCAAACCGCCGAAACUGAGUCCAUUGAUGGAAGAAACAGUCGACAACAUGGUGGCUUCAUUUGCCUUUUCAGUCGCGCAGCAGAUCCUCGCCCAAACUUCAACGAAAGCGCUGCCCAUUCCGCCGUCGUCCUUGUCCUAUGGGGACGGGCUCGAGCAGAAGUCUUCCAUCCCAGAGCCCAAGACCAUGAUUCACCCAGCGCGGAACUCAUCACUUUCUCCGAGAAGCGGCGCCAUCCCACCCACUCCGCUCAGCCCCGGCUUCUUUCCUGGGCCCGGCAGGCAGUUUCCGCAUGACGAUGAUGCCCAGGGCGCUAAAACGUUUCUGAAGAAUGGCCUGGAGGAUUUGGCGGCGCGGCGGGCUGAGCUGUACAUGCUUUCCAGAAGCAUCCUUACGAGUCUUGGUAAGAAGCGCGGUUGGAGCGACGGCUGGGACGAAGCUCCUUUGGUCGGGGGGAUCGGCUUCGAUAACAUGGAAGAUGUCGACCUGAACGACGAUAGCAAGGCCGACGACGCCGACGAAGCUGACGCUUCUCCCUCGCCAAAGGAGGCAUACACUCCCUCGAUGGCCGGCAUUGACAACCCCGUGCUACGGACGGCCAUUGACAAUACGGAUGACUUCUAUCGUCUGUACGAAAUUCUCACCGAUAAAGCCAUGCGCCACUUCACGGUGGCGAACCACGAUCAUGCGGUUCACUCCAGCAUGGCAGAUUUGGCCGUCUUGAAGGUUCACAUGAAGGACUACAAGGCUGCCUCGUCUUACUUUUCGCUCACCACUCCCUUCUUUGGAGAGAGUGGCUGGAGCCUACUAGAGCUGUCCAUGCUCAUCAUGUACUGCCAAUGCCUGGAUGAGAUCAAUCCAAAGGGCGAACACGUCGGUGUUGCCCUGAAGCUGCUGACCAAGUACUGCGCUGCAGAGAAGGAACGUCUGCAGAAGAGAUCAGGCUUGAUCCGCUUCUCAGAAAGCAAGACUUAUCCCGAAGCAUGGCCGGUCACUGGCAUCGUCGAGAAGCUCACUCGGCUCGCCAAGUCACUGUCAAAGGAGGUCAAGGUUCCUCUGGAGAACUUUGUGACAGAUGUUGGCCUAGAUGGCUCUCCGGUGUACGACGACAACCAAGACGGCUGCUCCCUGGAUAUCAGUCUCAGGAGCUUGCUGCCAGAAGACAUCUCUUUUGACUCUGCUAGGUUACGAAUCACGGCUGUUGACGAAGGGCCAAGCAGAGAACGACUAUUCGAGGCUGCGGCAGGCUCACCUAUCAUCCUGAAACCCGGCAAGAACAAGAUACGAGUGAGCUGUCGAGCUGUAGUCUCAGGACGUUACAAGAUCGAUCGGCUUGUCCUUUCGACGAAGAACCUCGUCUUGCAUUUUGAGCGGGAUGCCAAAACCGCGUCAAGCAGCACAACGGACAUCUUCAGGCAUGCCGACGUCAUGCUCUUCCAGCGCACGAGCGCGUUUGACUUUUCCAUGUCUGCCACCAAACAGACGACGCUGGAUAAGAACAACUCCAUCGACUUGGUGCUACACACCGGAUGGAACUCUCUGAAGAAAUGCGAGAUCCGAGUGAAGCCAGCAACUGGAGGCUUGCGCUUCCUCACUACGGAAGCGGCGUUUGUGGGCUCCGAGAUGCAGUUUGCAAAGCCUCCCGAGGCCGGCGUAUUUCACUUUGACGCUAUCGAUGCGAAUCAGGUGGUCACCAUACGAUUCCCAUACUCUGUGGAGCAGGAUGUGGCAGACAUCUUUGCCAAAAUCGAAGCUACGUAUGUUACGGAAGCCGACGAGACAUAUUCCCUGGCCAAGUCCCUGGUAGUCCAUGUGGCUCUGGCACUGGGCGUCAAUGUGCAAGAUGUGUUCAAGCAUGAGGCGCUCUUUUCCCGGUUCAACGUGUCGACAGCCUCCGCCAGCCCUCUACGGCUCUACAAGAGCGAGCUGCUCAAAUCGGACCUCUUCGACUCUGUAUUCGGAGUGCCGCCCAGCAGUCCUGUCUUCAUAUUCCCGAAGCAGCCAGCGAGCUUGCUGUACAAGGUGAAGAGGAUACCGGGGGCCAAGGCGGGCAAGCGGGGUGGUAGGACCAUGUACCUGAAGCUCGACUACACCUCGCUGGAAGCCGAGAUGGAAGAGCUAGUGAGGCGGUCUCUGACGGAGGCCUUGGAGAAGACGACGCUUACGCAAUACACGAAACAUGUGGUGGCGACGGUCUGGCGCGAGCUCAAGUCCAAGAUGGUGCCGCGAGACCUGGAGCAAGCUACUCUGAUGGGAGAGAUGAUGACCACCAGCCUGAGGGAGGUGGUGUGGGAGAGGCAUUUCGCGGGGAUUGGAGGAGCGCCUGGAGUGGGCGAGCGUGCGGCCGAAGAGCUGUCAGCGUUCCUUCGAACGUGGCAGAAAGCCAACAUCCGUCUCGUCAUUCCAAGAGAGGGCACAGUCGACCCGUCGUCGAUCCUCAUCCCCGUGGAAAUACCGGCCUUGCCGGUGUUGCACACGGCAGAUAUCCGCCUGCAGAGCCUCAUUCCAAGCCCCGUCAAGGACAGCACGAGCGCAGGCCUGCCAACGGUCUGCACGAACCAGAUGCUGCCGGCGACGCUGCACCUCAAGUGGACGCGGAUCUGGGACGCGGACUCGGCAGUGCGCAGCGACCAAGAGUUUAGCUAUGAGGUCACGGCGCCCGCAGACACAUGGCUCCUGGGCGGCCGACGGAAGGGCCACUUUGUGAUCCCCGGCCCGUCGGCGUCAUCGCCGGCGGAGACGAUGACGUCUUCGGCAGAGACGGAGGCUGAGAUUCCGCUCAUCCUGAUUCCGCUGCGCGAAGGUUGGCUGCCUUCUCCUCUUGUCGAGAUCAGAGAGGUCCUCAACGCGGACGGGGAUGGAGGGCAGGCGACGGCGCUGGGGUGCGAGGUGGACUUGCGAAAUCUGGGCGAGACGGUGCGCGUGGUGGGCGACAGGAGCGGCAUGACGGUGAGUUUGGACGCGAGCGGGCCGGGGGGAGGGCCGCUGGUGUUUGAGAGCGAGCGGUUACCUGGCUUCAGGGGCAAGAUUAUCGAGUGA